AUGAUGAGACGGAGUGCGUUGGUGGUGUUGGGCUUGCUGGUCGGUUCGGCCUACAGCAGCUGCCUCGGCGGAGGCUGUGGGGGAGGAUCCUCUGGUGGCAUCAGUCGUUCCUACGGAGGACCCACUAAUAGCUUCGGAGGUUCUGGAGGAGGAGGCGGGUCCUUCGGAGGAGGAUCCUUCGGGGGAGGAUCCUUUGGAGGAGGUUCUGGAGGAGGAGGCGGGUCCUUCGGAGGAGGAUCCUUCGGGGGAGGAUCCUUUGGAGGAGGUUCUGGAGGAGGAGGCGGAUCCUUCGGAGGAGGAUCCUUCGGGGGAGGAUCCUUUGGAGGAGGUUCUGGAGGUGGCGGUGGAGGAGGAAUAAGUACCAGUUAUGGAGGACCAACCAAUAACUUCGGUGGAGGAGGAGGUGGCGGUGGGUCAUUUGGGGGAGGUGGAUCCUUCGGGGGAGGAUCCUUCGGAGGAGGAUCCUUUGGAGGAGGUUCUGGAGGUGGCGGUGGAGGAGGAAUAAGUACCAGUUAUAGAGGACCAACCAAUAACUUCGGUGGAGGAGGAGGAGGCGGUGGGUCAUUUGGGGGAGGUGGAUCCUUCGGAGGAGGAUCUUUCGGAGGUGGUGGCGGAUCCUUCGGUGACGGCUCCUCUGGAGGAGUAAGUACAAGUUACAGCGGACCAAGGGCCAGCUUCGGAGGAGGUGGCCGUGGAUCUGUCGGAGGGGGCAGAGGAUCCUUCGGCAGAGGGUCCAUCGGAGGAGGAUCGUUCGGCGGAGGCGGCGGUCGUUUCGGUGGCGGGUCUUCUGGCGGAAGGGGCGGCGGAAGAGGAUCCUUUGGCGGGGGAGUGAGCAACACUUACAGUGGCCCAAGCAAUAAUUUCGGAGGCUCUGGCGGAGGCGGUAGAGGAGGGUUUGGAGGAGGAUCCUUUGGCGGCGGAGGCGGCGGGUCUUUCGGUGGUUCAGGCGGCGGUGUGUCUGGCAGUUACCUGCCGCCCUCCGGGAAAUAA